GAGGCAGCGAGUUGGCUCCGUGAACGGGAUGUAAUGCCCAAAUUCAUCUCUUUCUAUGAUGGCGGGAACAGUGUUGCCAAAGGCAACAAAUACCCCAUCAUCGUUGAGUUCGUAUCUACUGACUUUGACCCUUCUAGCGAGCAUGAGGUCCGAAAAAUUGAGACUGACUCCGCACUCAUGGCGCACGCCAUUCAAGCCACCCGAUGGCUCAAGCCAACCAACCGACGACGCCCCUUCCAAGCUGUUGCGCAUCUGUUCAUGUCGUUUGGCUCCCCUGAGGAUGCUAACACAGCCAUACGUGAUGGACUAAUCGUCGAAGGUAAACGUGUAUGGGCUCGUAAACUACUCCCCGAACCAAGGCAUUGCCUACGAUGCCACCAGAUAGGAUCAAACCACCUCGCGGCAGAUUGUCCAAAAGAGCGAGACACUUGCGGGACAUGCGGUAAGGAACAUCGCACAGCCGAAUGCACGGUGCGAUCACGCGAAGACAGAUACUGUGUCAACUGCGAGGCAGCAGGACAUGGAGCAUGGGAUUGCGCAUGCCCCACUUUCCGGGCUAAAUACGCCACCUUUGCUCGAAACCGCCCAGAGGAUGAGUACUGUUAUUACCCUACCUCCGAUCCUCGCACAUGG